AUGAGACGUCAGGCCAACUUGGCCAUAUGUUUUGGCAUAUUCACCACCUUACUAUUAGGAAUACAGAUCCUCAAAGCCUGGCAGCUUGAGUUCGAAGACGCGGUGUUCCUCACUAAGAACAGUAUAAAACAGCUCCAAACUCAAUACUUAUGUAAGAGCAGACGUAUAGGUUGCGUCCCUGAAGAGGAUACCGAGGAUAACGACGGCACUAGCAACGUUAUGCUCAAGCUGGCUCGUCAUCUGGUAGCAGGAAUGGACUUGGACCUUGACUUUCCCUUUUCAAAUGUCAUGAACUCGGUGUUCCCCAUUGAUCUGGUGGUAUCCUUCAACAUUUCCAACACAACCCAGGAAUUUAUUGCUCGGUAUGCGUCGUUCAGCCCGGUGUUGAAUGGUAAGCUUACGAGCAAGUACGCGGUGAUAGAUGGCCAUGGCUGUUCACCAAUCAACUCUACUUCUCAUCCGCAAUACAAGGACAAGAUUCUUAUUGUUCUUAGAGGGAAGUGUACAUUCGUCAAGAAAGUGACUAACCUCGUGGACUCAGAUCUCCGUCCGAGAGCCGUGGUGGUGGCAAACAACGAACCUUACCGUAAUCUCAUCACCAUGUACUCUAGUACAUUCAAUGAGGAUGGCUCACUCACAGUGCCCAUAUUAUUCAUCUCCAACGAAGACUACAAGAGACUCAAGGGGCUUGAACUGGCGAAUUUGCUGCUCACGAUCGAGACGGCGUCCAUCGAUAAUUGGAUCAAUCUCAUGCUUCUGAUGGCGUUAUCACCUCCACUUCUUAUUGUGUUUUUCUACCUUCUAUUGCGGGGAAUCCAAAUGUGCCACCGUCGCCGAAUCAGUACCAUGAACCAAAGGCUCGUGCGUAAAAUGGCCGUUUUCAUUUACAACUACAACCAUUUGGUGCCUGCGCCCAAGUUUUACGAGUAUUUGACUGCCACGGGUCAAACAGGAGACAUACCACUGGUGGUGUCUUCAACUGAGGAUUUGCAAGCUGGAACUGACGAUACCGAAAGCAGUGCGGAAAUUGCCCAGCCUCAAGCGGCCAGCUCGUAUGUUAUCAAUGGCACCGACUUAUAUUCGCUCACGAAUUUGAAUCUUUUAUUUGCACACCGCGAUUACUAUCCUACACUCAAAUGUUCCAUUUGUCUUGACAGGUUUGCACCUCUCCGUUCGCGAGUGCUUGUACUCGAGUGCAAGCAUAUAUACCACGAGAGUUGUCUACUGAACUGGCUCAUUAACUUCCGUCGCAGCUGUCCAUUGUGCAAUGAACCUCUCAAGCUGUUGGAGUCACUGCCUCUACUCAGUACCGAAACUUCAAAUUACGACAGUUUCCGGGUGGAUUUGGAGAGGGGUCAUACAAGUCACCCAUGGCCACAUAGAAAUCUGGCCUGGAGCCAGAGCAGCCAUGAAGAAUCUUCGAGCCAGUACCACGAUGCCCAAGCUCGUGACUUAGGAACAUCAGCAAGGACAUCGACUGUGGCAGUCCGCAGCCUUCAACUUGAUUCUCAAAGCUCAAAUCAUAAAAGUAUCGGCGCAGCCACUCUCCUGGCCCAUUCAGGAGAGUCCCCACGACCACCUUACGGGGAAGGCGACACCACUGAAUCGAGUGAUGGGUUCGGAGUCGGAGUCGGCCCCGGGGCCGGUCCCGGAUAUGGUAUCCAAACCGGUGAAGACUACGAUCUACAAUCCGGAAUGACAGGUGGUAUCUCUGGUGCUGGCCCUGGCUCAAACGCUUUGCGUCCAUCCAGUCGGAUGCACCACAGUGGGGGUCUCAGCAUUGAUUCAGAUGCCUCGUUCGUCACUACUCGCACUCACCCAUACUCCGAGACGUCAAGUACGCACUACCUUACUCCACGGCAGAGCGUAGAUAGUGGCAUGGAAGACACCACCCUGAGCACUUCCAGUGACGGGACUAUCAGAAAUGCUAGCCCCAACCAUACGUAA